GAAAGUGAUAAUUUGAGAAGAAUUAACCCCUCACGUCUCUUCAUCAUCACCCCUAAAUACUGGUAGCGAUAUGCUUCACAGUUCCCACAUUUCGUAAAUUACAGUACUUCUGUUGAAAAUAUCACACUUGCAGAGAUUAAAAACAAAUGAGUUUGGUCGACGAAGCAGCAGCUGCAGCAGAUGAUCAUCCGCCGUUGGAUGAUGACGGCCUUCCAAGAAGAACUGGGACAAUGGUGACGGCAGCAGCUCAUAUAAUAACCUCGGUGAUAGGAUCAGGAGUUUUGUCAUUGGCGUGGGCCGUAGCUCAGCUGGGCUGGAUUGCUGGCUCUGUUUCUCUCAUUCUCUUCUCGAUCAUCACUUUGUUUACUUCUCAUCUUCUUGCUGAUUGUUAUCGUUCUUCGCAAACUGGCAAGCGAAACUACUCUUACAUGGAUGUUGUCAACUCUAAUCUAGGCGGACUUCAAAUCCAGCUUUGUGGAAUUGCUCAGUAUAGUCUUCUCUUUGGACUAACAAUUGGCUAUACUAUUGUAACAUCUACUAGCAUCCAGUUGAUUAAGUGUGGAAAUGAUAAGGAGUGCCGUGCAUCAAACAAUCUGUUCAUUUUGAUCUAUGGGGUGGUGCAAAUUGUUUUAAGCCAAAUACCGAACUUCCACAAGCUUGCAUAUCUCUCCAUAGUUGCUGCUACUAUGUCUUUUGCAUACUCUUUUAUAGGCAUUGCCCUUUCCCUGACGAAAAUAAUUCAAGGAAAUGGACAUUUCGAGAAAAGUCUAGUAGGAGUACCUGUUGGAUGGAAGGGUCAAACCAAAGAAGAUAAAUUAUGGAAUGUUUUUUCGGCCUUGGGAGACAUUGCUUUUGCUUAUGCUUUCUCCUCAAUUCUUACUAAUAUUCAGGACACACUCAAAUCGAGUCCACCUGAGAAAAAAGUAAUGAAAAAAGCUACUUCACUUGCAAUUCUAGUAACUACUGUAUUCUACUUGUCAUGCGGCUUGAUUGGAUAUGCUGCAUUUGGAAGUGGAGCACCAGGAAAUUUGUUAACCGGCUUUAGUUCCUUCAAGCCUUUUUGGAUCGUGGAUAUUGCUAAUAUCUCCAUUAUUAUCCACCUUGUUGGAGCUUAUCAGGUAAUAUGUCAGCCGAUAUACGCAUUUGUGGAAGGUUGGUGCAUUAACAAGUGGCCUCAAAAUGAAUUUAUUACAAGGGAAUACUCUAUCAACUUCUUAGGAAUGGGAAACUUAAGCAUCAAUUCCUUCCGGUUAGUCUGGAGGACAGUGUUUGUGAUAGUUGCAACUGUUGUGGCGAUGGUAUUACCAUUUUUCAACCAAUUUGUUGGCCUUCUUGGUGCCAUAACCUUCUGGCCUAUGACGGUUUAUUUUCCAAUUGAGAUGUAUGUUGCACAGAGAAAAAUCAAAAGAUUUUCCGGAGCAUGGAAUGGCCUGCAAAUAUUGAGUUUCUUUUGUUUGAUAGUAUCUCUUCUAGCUGCUGUUAGUUCUGUUCAUGGCCUUGUCAUGUCCGUUCAGAAAUAUAGGCCCUUCCAAAAUGUAUCCUAAUGUAAUAUGGUGAUUUCUUGGUCUUCUUCCAUCUUUCUUUCUGCAUGAUUUAGUGAAGUAGAAUUAACUUGUUUGUGUAAGUGUGUAAGAAAGUUAUAAAUUAUCUUUUGAC